AUGACGGCUAGGGUUUUGGGAGGCAAUUUUCGAGCGUUAGGCGAGGAAGGACAAGAUGCAACCAUGGAUGAUAUCAGGGGGAAGGAGAGGCCGUCGGGAGAUCCACCGGAUGCUCCUGUGUCCUGGGUGAGGAAAGUGGUAGGAAGUAACGAAGGAGGGAUGCCAGUACCAGAAGAAGUUGUUGAUGAAGAGUUUGUGGAGUCGAGAUUGGGUCUGGAGUUUCCGAAUGGAGAAGAUGGAGAACCGGUGAUAACGAUAGGAGAGGAAGUGUUGACAGCUAUGAAUAGCCUGUGGAAGAAGUGUAUGAUCGUUAGGGUUUUGGGGAGGAACGUUCCGAUUCUAAGCCUGAGACGCAAGCUCAUAGAGUUAUGGAAGCCAAAAGGGACGAUGUUUGUGAUGGAUCUCCCAAGAAACUAUUUUAUGGUACGGUUUGAACUGGAGGAAGAAUACAUGACUGCAUUAUCAGGGGGUCCGUGGAGGGCGUAUGGGAGCUACCUUAUGGUGCAAGCAUGGUCUCCCGAGUUUGAUCCGUUGAAGGAUGAGAUUGUAACAACGCCAGUUUGGGUUCGUUUAUCGCAUAUCCCAGUGAAUUUCUACCAUAAGACAAUACUGUUGGGCAUAGCCAAGGAGCUAGGGCGACCAAUCAGAGUGGAUUUAACAACUUUGAAAUUUGAGAGAGCUCGUUAUGCGAGAAUCUGUGUGGAAGUGAACUUGAACAAGCCCUUAAAAGGGACAGUGAUGGUGAAUGGGGAGAGAUACUACGUCUCGUAUGAAGGAAUCUCUACUAUAUGUUCAAUGUGUGGAAUGUUCGGGCAUCUAGUUCACUCAUGCCCAAGGAAUGUUACGGAACGAGCUAUUGCUCCGGCGCCUAGCCAAGUGACUAGGACGCUUGUGGGAUCUCAACCCAUAGGAAUGGAUACGGAGUUCACCCAAGUGAGGCAGGCGAGGAGGAAGCUUGAGCAACAAAGAAGCAUAGGAGGUUUAACGCAAACUAAUGUGGAGAGAAGUGUAGAGGGAAGGAAGACACGGGAAGCACGUAAGGAAGGAGUACUUGAGGAAAUUAGAGUGGCGAAUCGGUUUGGAGGUUUGGAGGAAGAAGGAGAGAUGGAGGAGCUAGUGGAAGCUGGUGUGAGAGAGGAAGGAAAUAAAGAGAAUGAAAAUAUUGCGAACCUAAGCUUGGGAGGUUCUAGUAAGGUGCAUGGGAAGGCUAUGACGUUUGGAGCAAAUGAGAAGAAAGGGAACUAG